AUGAUGGAGACGAACAUGACUUUUGUGACAGAGUUUGUUCUCAUGGGACUUACAGCUCGUCCAGAGCUGCAGGUCCCCCUAUUCCUGGGGUUCUUGGUGAUCUACCUCCUCACCAUGCUGGGGAACCUUGGACUGAUUGCCCUCAUCUGGAAGGACGCCCACCUGCACACGCCCAUGUACUUCUUCCUCGGCAGCUUAGCUUUUGCGGAUGCUUGCAGUUCAUCUUCUGUGACUCCCAGGAUGCUUGUCAAUAUCUUAGACAAGAGUCAAAUGAUCUCCCUCUUUGAGUGUAUGGCCCAAUUUUAUUUUUUUGGCUCUAGUGCAACCACAGAAUGUUUCCUCCUGGUAGUGAUGGCCUAUGACCGCUAUGUGGCCAUAUGUCACCCUUUGCUUUAUCCAGUGGUGAUGUCCAACAGACUGUGCACUUGGUUGAUAGUUAUUUCAUAUGUAAUUGGUUUUCUGCAUCCAGUAAUUCAUGUAGGAUUGUUAUUUAGGUUAACAUUCUGCAAGUCUAAUAUAGUACGUCAUUUCUACUGUGAAAUCUUGUCACUGUAUACAAUUUCUUGCACAGACCCAUCUAUUAAUGCAUUGAUGAUUUUUGUUUUUGCUGCUUUUAUACAAGCUUUUACUUUUAUGACCAUCAUAGUCUCUUAUACCUGUGUGCUCUUUGCUAUCCUGAAAAAGAAGUCUGAAAGGGGCAGAAGCAAAGCCUUCUCCACGUGCAGUGCCCAUCUGCUCUCUGUGUCUUUGUUCUAUGGCACGCUCUUCUUCAUGUAUGUGCGUCCUGGGUCUGGCCCAGAUAAAUAUCAGGAUAAGAUGUAUUCACUGUUUUACACAAUUAUUAUUCCUCUGCUAAACCCCUUAAUCUAUGGUCUAAGAAACAAGGAAGUUUUGGGUGCAGUAAGAAAAGUCAUAGAGAGAUAA